CCCCCGUUCGCGGGGGACCCCCCGCGCCACCCGGCGCUGCGGGUGAACAGCUUGAAACCUUUCAACGCCGAGCCGCCCCCGGAGCUGCUGACCCAGAGUUUCCUGACCCCCAACGAGCUUUUCUUCACCCGCAACCACCUCCCGGUGCCCGCCGUGGAUCCGGGCUCCUACCGGCUGCGCGUGGAGGGUCCCGGUGGCCGCUCGUUGUCGCUGUCGCUGGCGGAGCUGCGCCAGCGCUUCCCGAAGCACGAAGUGAUCGCCACGCUUCAGUGCGCCGGUAACCGGAGAUCCGAGAUGAGCCGCGUCCGGCCGGUCAAAGGGCUGGCGUGGGACAUCGGGGCCAUCAGCACGGCUCGCUGGGGAGGAGCGCGGCUCCGCGACGUGCUGCUGGCCGCCGGUUUGGGCGACAAAACCGGCGAUGAUGGCGAGUGGCACGUGUGCUUCGAAGGGCUGGAUGCGGACGCUUCGGGGACGCCCUACGGAGCGUCCAUCCCGUUAAAACGAGCGCUCAGCGCCGAGGCCGAGGUGCUGCUGGCGUACGAGAUGAACGGGCAGGAGCUGCCGCGGGAUCACGGCUUCCCCGUGCGGGUUUUGGUGCCCGGCGUGGUCGGGGCUCGGAACUGGGGACGUGGCGCCCAUCUGGAACCUGCGCGGGGUGCUGAGCAACGCCUGGCACCGCGUGCCCAUCACCGUCACCCGCUGAGGGACAGAGGGGACAUCACCGGGGUACUGGGGACAUGGGGACAUCGGGAUACUGGUGACACUGGGGACGUGGCGCCCAUCUGGAACCUGCGCGGGGUGCUGAGCAACGCCUGGCACCGCGUGCCUGUCACCGUCACACGCUGAGGGACAGAGGGGAUGUUGGGGACAUCAGGGGACAUUGGGGACAUCACCCAUUGAGGGACACCAUCGGGGCAUUGGGGACACUGGGGACAUUGGGGACAGCAGGGACAUCAGGGACAUUGGGGACACAGAGGGGUCCUGAGCAAUGCCUGGCACUGUGUCCCUGUCACUGUGACAUUGGGACAUCGGGGACAUUGGGGACAGGGGGGACACAGAGGGGUCCUGGGUAACGCCUGGCACCGUGUCCCUGUCACCCACUGAGCGCCAGGGACAUCGGGGAUCCCUGGAGAUCAAUGGGGACUGUGGAUCCCAAAGGGCCCCACUGACCCCAAAAGGAUUUUACGGACCCCAAAAGGAUUUUACGGACCCCAAAAGGAUUUUAUGGACACCAAAGUGUUUUUAUGCCUCCUCCAAAGUGUUCUGGAGACCCCAAAAGGAUUUUAUGGACUCCAAAGGGUUCUAUAAACCCAAAUCAAAUCCCCAAAGGAUUUUAUGGACCCCAGAGGGUUCUGGAGACCCCAAAGGUUUCCACGGCCCCGAUGGAUUCUCCCGCCCCGAAGGUUCCUGCAGCCCCACAGCUCGAAGGUCAGCGGGGUUUUAUGGCCCCGGGGUUUUAUGGCCCCAGGGUUUUAUGGCCCCGGGUUUUUAUGGCUUCAGGGUUUUAUGGCCCGACGUGUGAAAGUGCCUCCUGCCAUAAAGAUUUGGGAACUUUU